GGGUGAGGGACGGGACAGACUGUGGCAAGACUGCCAAACUUGGGCCUGAGUAUGGGCAGUGGACUGAGGCUGAGCGUGUGUCUAGACUUGGAAGUUCUUCAAGUGAAGUAGUAAAGGGCUCUCCUCUCCAGACUGGCAGCAGGGACCAGACUACCUGCGUAGACUCUGCAUUCUGUUACUCUUCCCUUGAGGAUGAGGGACUCUCUGUUACUGAUUAUUCAGGCAUGGUGGAUGACGGCAUUUCUUGUUCCCAUGGCGACUACCCUUGCCGAUUUACUGAGCGGUCGGCUUGGUCCCAGCGGGUGAUUCCACACCGUGUAUUUAGCCCUGCCUGCCUUCUGCAAAAGGCCCAGAUGGGAGUCCUUAAGCUGUUGCCUCAAUGUUUGGCUGCAGCCCAUGCUGUUCUGGGGGUGCACCCCUUUCCCCGACUUGAUGUUCUCAUUGUCCCAGCAGGGUUCUCAAGUCUGGGAAUGGCCAGCCCCCAUAUAAUUUUCCUGUCCCAGAGUGUGUUGUCUGCUGGGAGUCCAGGUUCUGAAGAAAGUCUGUCUCUGUGUGGAUCCAGGAUUUGCCACGAGAUUUCCCACUCCUGGUUUGGCCUGGUUAUCGGAGCCAGAGACUGGACUGAAGAAUGGAUUAGCGAAGGCUUUGCCACCUGUCUUGAAGACAUUAUCUGGGCCCAAGCACAACAACUCUCUUUAGAGGAGAAAACCGAGCAGUUUGACCUGAAGGCACUUCUGAGGUGGAGAAGACUUUCCGAUGAGUUGCAAAACUCAAAAGAGGAACUUCAGAUCCUCAGACCUAACAUGGAGAAGACUGGUCAGGUCAGUGAAUCUGGCUCCUCCACAGUUAAGCAUGCCCUCAACCCUGAAAAACCCUUCAUGCAAGUCCACUACCUCAAGGGCUACUUUCUCCUCAAGUUCUUGGCCAGUCAAGUGGGAGAGCAACAGUUUAUUGAAUUCUUCCAAUUAUUUGUGAAGAAAUACCACGGCCAUCUAAUUUUGUCCCAGGAUUUCCUGCAAAUGUUACUGAUUAGCUUUCCCGGCAUGGAAAGAAAAGGCCUCACCCUCGGUGCUAUUUAUGCUGACUGGCUCGAUCAGCCGGGAAUUCCAAAGUGGCUGUAUGAAAGGAGCGCCGUGUGGUCGCAGGCAAGGCUGGUGGAAGAAGUCAAAGCAGAGGUUGUAAAAUGGAUCCUCCUCAGUCAGAGUCAUCACGGGAAGGGCAGAAAGCGGAAGAGAAUGGAGCCCAAGGUGAACUACAAAGAGCUGACGUCGGACCAGCUAGUGAUGCUUCUGGAGCUUCUGUUGGAGGAAUCGGAGUUAAGCGUGGCAUCACUUCGUGCUCUGCAGAGAACCUACAGUCUGCAGAAUCAGGACGCUGAGGUCCGACAUCGCUGGUGUGAACUUGUGGUCAAACACGCGUACGCUCAGGCUUACGGAGAUGUGGAGCACUUUCUGAUUCAUGACCAAGCCAUGGGUGUGUAUCUGUACGGGGAGCUGAUGGUUCAGGAGGACCCUGAGCAGCAGGCUCUGGCGCGUCACUGCCUCUCACUAGUCCAGGGAGAGAUGGACCAAUCGGCACGCAGAGUGGUGGAGGAGAUGGUCCUAUAACAGCAGAGGUUGCUGACUACAGACAGGAGGGACAGGAGUUUGGCACAGCAGCCGCACGAGAGUCCAGCACUCACCUGCUCGUUUGCCUGGAUGCUGCAGAAUAGCUCAGCAGUGUGAAAACCAGAGGGUUGUAUUCAUGCUCUGCAACUAAGGCCAACUGGCAAAGUUUGGAGCACAGCAGUUCUGUUCAUUCAAGUCUAAGAAAUAGCUGGUAUGUGCUAGAUAUGUGCACAAUUAGUCAGCCGGAGGCUUGAAUGCUGGUAUACUUGCUGGUCAGCUGAAGUAAUUAUUCAUAUUUUAUUAACCCUCUAAGGACUGAGUCAUCAAAGGUGUUAAUCCCGAUCCCCUCAUAUGAAAAAAGAAACAUAUUUGUGUAAAAUAAGACAUAAUGUGUGAUGGGUCUGUAUAGAGUCUCUAUUGUCUUUAUUCCAUGAUUGCCAAGACAGCCACUUUGUUAGGAUCACCCAUUCAACUGCUUCUAAAAGCAGAUUUCUGAUCAGCCAAUCAUAUGACAGCAACUCAAUGCAUUUAUGCAUCUUUGGAAGUGGCGUGCUUUUUAGAACUAAUUGCAACUUGGAUCUCAGAGGGUUAAUGUACAAUGCCAGUGACUGGAAAUUGUUAACCAGUAAAAUGGAAAGUUCUGCACAUUUUAAUAUAUUUGGUUAAUGAAUAAAUUGAUUAACAGCUUUAGAUGACUCAGUUACACACAAAAUAUUUGUACGGACAACGUUUAACCUCAUCCGUCAAAUUUGGCUCAAUUUUUGACUGUUUGCUGAUUUCCCACCAGUCAGUUAAUCCAAUUUCAUUCUUCUAUUUAAAUGUAGGAAAAAAAGUGAAUUGAAAAGUGAAUUGUAACCCAUAACUAUACAAUCUGUUCAUUAUGAGAUGUUGUAUUGUUGGUGUGGAAAGAGAAAAUAGAAAAGAAAUAAUGUAAUUAUGUAAAAAACAAAACAAAACAUAUUUCAAGGAAAAGUCACUGCAUGUUCAUCCAAGCUGAGCUGCUGUUAGUGUCUGUUUGUGUAGGUGUGUGUGUAAGUGUGAGUCUGUUUAGUCUAAAGUCACGAUUCGGUUCUUUGGAGUUUAGACUGGAAAUUCUUUGAGGUGAGUAAUGUUUUUCGAGUUUUUUCGGGUUUUUUUCCUGUAUUGAAACAGGCAACUCUCAGGGCAUUUCUACAUGUGCUGCUCUGCAGAUACUAACGGCAAACCUGUUUGUGUAUAAUUGAUUUUUUGUAUUUGCUGUUUAUGUUCAAAUAAA